AUACUUUAUUAUUCAUGGCUCUUUAUAUCCAGCCACACUGGAUGUCAUGCUGCCAGAAAAUUUCCAGAAGGGGCUCAAGGUUCAUCUCAGCUGUCAGAGUCCAGAUAGUGUUGGUAAUAAGCAGGUGAAUUGUUGGACGAGGCGCAGUUUGUUGCAUCUUCCUCGGCUGUGAGUACGAUGGAUGUGGAGAAGGGUCGUCGUCGAUCCGGGGGUAUGAGCACCCUAGAAAAGUGUCUGAUAUUUCUCUUCGUGGCCAUGACCGGCGCCUGCAUCGCCCUCAUGGCCGUCUACUUCACUGAGAAAGCUGACGCUUCUCCUCAUGUAGAAGGGCAGGAAUCAGGGUGUGGUGGUCUUCAGGAGCUGACUGGAGAGUCGGGCACCUUCACCAGCUUUAAUUACCCCAAUAGCUACGACAAUGGAAAGAGCUGCACCUGGCACAUCAUUGUGGACCCUGACAAGGUGAUCCAUCUGUGGUUUGAGGAGUUUGCUUUGGAGGCAACCCAGCUCUGCACAUCAGACUUCAUCACGCUGAGAGACUCUCUGGGAACCAUCGGUAAAUACUGUGGCUACACCAAACCAAAGCCGCUGGUGUCACUUACAAACCAUCUGUGGGUGUACUUUGACACCAAUGACAGAAAAACAGACCAAGGUUUCAAGGCUCAUUACAAAACUGUGGAUCCAAAGCUCACACCAGAAAUAGCCGGGGCUGGUGGCUUUCUCCAAGGUGACCAGGGGGCUCUGAUGACCCCCAGCUUCCCUCAGCAAAACUACCAGAGUGGAGCACUAUACCAGUGGAGAAUCACGGUGCCUGAAGGCGAGAGGGUUCGACUCACAUUUACUUCCUUUGACCUGGUGCCGGAGGUCUGCGGAGACUUUGUUCAGGUCUACGAUGGCCACAAGGCCGGCUCCUCUUUAAUCGGUACAUUCUGUGGGGGAACGAUGCCAAAGCCGGUGGAGUCCAGUGGCAACACCAUGGUGGUCCGCUUCAAAUCAGACAGCGAUUUGACUUCUAAAGGAUUCAGUGCAAUUUACACCAAGUCUAGCCUUCCACCUGUUGUUACUACCACACCCAAACCCACCACCACACCAACACCGACCACCACACCAAAACCGACCACAUCUUCUGGUGGUGGUCCAGUUAUCCUUCAUGGACGUAAAGGAGUGAUCCAGUCCUUGGGUUUCCCAAAUCCCUAUCCUGCUCAUAUGAACAGCUCCUGGAGAAUAUCUGUGCCCAGAGGGUUCCUGGUUACACUGCAGAUCACUGAAAUGGCCAUCUCAGGAACGACUGGACAAUGCAAGGAGGACAAACUGGUCAUUUCAGAUAAAUACAGCACAUUAGGCACACACUGUGGCUACAUCCUCCCCCCUGUGGUGGUCAGUUCCAGUGAAACAAUCUCUGUCACCUUCCAGUCCGACAGUCGCCUCACAGACCGAGGAUUCUCUGCCAGGUGGGAAGCUGUGUAUGCUGAGGAUAUCGCAGAAAUCCAGGGUUGUGGCAUGUCUUCCAAAGAGGAAACAGGAGUUAUUAAGUCCCAGAACUGGCCUAUGAACUACAAAGCUAACGCCGCGUGCAUGUGGAACAUUGCUUUGCCUAUUGGGAAAAAAUGCACACUGACAUUCACCCACUUUGACCUCGAAGCCAAAGAUUUCCUGUCGCAGAAAUGCUAUGAUAAAGUAUUGAUUUACGAGAUCAACGGUGUGACUAAUGCGCUGCUUCAAACGCAUGGUCCAUUUUGUGGGACGAAGCUUCCUAGUAACAUCCAGACAAAAGGCAGCAGGCUGGUGAUUCGUUUCCACACAGACUUGUUUACUGAGUCCAAAGGCUUCCGGGCCUACUGGACAACAAACCCCCUUUUGCCUCCCCCCACUGAGCCGCCUACUCCGCCUAACCCCUGGGACAAGAUCACCAUAGACUGGGCGAGUAAUUGUGGAAAACCAGCCAUUCCUCCCACUGUUGUGUCACGUAUUGUGAAUGGAGAGCCAGCCACUCCUCAUUCCUGGCCCUGGCAAGCGUCCAUGCAGGUCUGGCCAGCCAGUCGUCCAGAGCCCACAUUCUUCCAUACGUGUGGUGGUACUCUUAUUCAUAAGAACUGGGUACUUACAGCAGCCCACUGCUUCAUGAGAUACGCUGAUGAGCUGCAGCGUUGGCGCAUGUGCCUUGGCAAACACAACCUGACCUACACAGAGCCGAGUGAACAGUGCUUCAACGUGUCGGGGAUCUAUCGCCAUGAGAGCUUCAAGUACCCCACAGUGCCCACGGUGGAGUUUGACAUUGCCCUGGUCAGGUUGGACGGAGAUGUGGAGCCCAGUGCUGAGAUCUCAUUCGCCUGCCUUCCAUCAGCGGAGGAAGUCUUACCCGAUAAAAAGAAGUGCUACGCUACCGGCUGGGGAGACGAGACUGGCAAUUCAUUGAAUGCUAGUGUUGCUGAGGGCCUUAACCAGGUUGCCCUGCCCGUUGUGCCAUAUGACACCUGCAAGAGGAUGGAUUACUGGUGGUUCCAGGUCAAGACCUCCAUGAUCUGCUGUGGUUAUACCCUGCCUGACGAGCUCAAGUCUGUCUGUCAGGGAGAUUCAGGUGGGCCUCUGGUGUGUCAGGAUACACCCGAUGGUUCUUGGGAAGUUCAUGGUAUAACUAGCUUUGGUCCUAUUGGAUGUGUUAUGAAUAAGAAGCCCUCUGUGUUCACCCGCUCCUCUGCCUACCUCCCGUGGAUCGAGAAUGUCAUCCGCAGAGACAUCUACAAUGAGCACACAUCUGGCUGUGGAGGGCCAAAGUCCCUGACUGGCGCAGGAGGCACCGUGUCCUCUAUGGGUUACCAUGGCAGCUAUGACAACAAAGCCCGCUGCCAGUGGGACAUCAAGGUGUCACUUGGCAAACUGGUCUACUUCCAUUUCCACAAUUUCUCCCUGGAGGAGAGUCAGUUGUGCAUUAAUGAUAAAGUCAGCCUCAGAGACAGAAUAGGAAGUCUAGGCACACACUGCAGCCAUGUACCGCCUAAAGACCUGGUGAGUGAUGGAGACACACUUCACAUCAGCUUCUCAUCCAACGACAAGGUGGUGGACAUGGGUUUCACUGCCACCUGGAAGGCAGUGGACCCUAAAGAGGCUCCGUGUGGAGGGAGCUUCGACGGCGCUCAGGGUGAAAUCACCACUCCUAACUGGCCCGGGGACUACCAAGCCCAGUCUGUGUGCACGUGGCGUAUCAGCAUUCCUUCAGCAGAAAGUGUCCAUGUAGCCUUCACCCACUUUGAGCUGCAAACCGUAAACAUGUUAGGAAACUGUGUGGACUACGUGGAGAUCUUCCACGGUGAAAGCAUGACAUCACUAGGUCGAUUCUGUGGAUUUGCCCCUCCACCUGUCAUCACCAUCAAGAGCAACACAGUCGUCAUUCGUUUCCUUAGUAACAGCGAUAAUCAACAGAAAGGUUUUCGAGGUUACUGGACCACUAAUGCCAGUGUUAUCCCAACUUUACCUCCACUACCUGCAAACCCAUGGGACAACAUCACUAUCAACUGGCCGGCAGAUUGUGGAAACCCAGCAGUGACCCCUUCCACAGCCACCCCGAGGGUGGUUAAUGGGGAGCAGGCGAUCCCCCAUUCGUGGCCCUGGCAAGUCUCCAUGCAGGUGUGUGCAUCCUUAACAGUCACAGUGGAGAGCUUUUAUUUUGUACUAAUGCGCAUUUAUCUUUCCCAGGCGUCACCAUUUUUCCCCAUACCUUACAUGCAUGGCUGUGGAGGUUCUUUGAUUCAUGAAGAUUGGAUCCUAACUGCUGCUCACUGUUUCAUGUUGUAAGAUGCAUCAGACAC